AUGGAUAUCAGGUCUAAGAAGCCAGAACCUAUUGCCCAAUCAGAAGAUCAGGAGGAUGAGCUUUUGUCGAUAGUCUCGAUAAGAGGAGGAUCAAAAUUCGUAGUGGGAACUCAGCUUGGAAUAUUGUCUAUCUUUAAUCGCAGCAGUGGUUGGGGCGACUGUGUCGACAGAAUACCAGGGCAUCCAAUGUCGGUCGAUGCAUUGUGUGCUCUCCCCCCAGAUAUCCCCGGGGUUGAUACCACCAGCACCAUCCUGACAGGCUCAUCCGAUGGGAUGGUACGAGCUGUCCAAAUUUUACCCACAAAACUGCUCGGUGUCGUAGCCGAUCACGGCGAAUGGCCCAUUGAACGCAUUUCAGUAGGUGGAGGUCUGGGACAGCUGACGAUUGAGUCUGAGGAAAGUUCUUCGCACGGUGAGACGCGAAUAAAGUCCAACAAUGUUGAAGGGGAAAACGAAGGCACAGAAGCACAUCAUUCUAGGUGGUGGGUGGGAAGCGUUGGCCAUGAAGAGGUGUUGAGGAUGACAGACCUUGUUGGAUUUUUCCGCGAUAAUGAGGGCGACGAAACUAAUCAGGGAGCCUUGGGAGUCGAAGUUUCAGAGGAUGACAGCGAUGAAGGUAGUGACAGCGGCAGUGAGGAAGACAAUGCAGAGGGAACACAGAAACAGCCGGAUGUAUUGGCGCCCGCGUCGGGUGAGGUGGACGAAGACGAAGGUGAUAACUCUGCAGACAGUUCAGAGUCAGAACCCGAAGCACCUCUGCCUGCAAAACGGAAACGGAAACAACAGCAGAAUGAACCUGUGAUGGCCAAAAAGAAAAAGGGCAAAAAUACCGUCGAGAUUGAGCCCUCGUUUUUUGAUGAGUUAUAA